AUGGCGGAGCGGGAUAUGGGGAUAGCAGUGGUUGCGGAGCCCUACCGCAUACCGAAUGGACAUCCUCACUGGGCAGGAAGCAGGAACGGGACAGUUGCAAUCACAUGGAGACAAACGACUACUCCUCUAGCCUGCACGCCGAUGGAGGAUGGGGAGACUAUACUUAUUGGUGUAUAUCUGUCCCCCAACAUCGACCUAGCUCAGUUCGAUCAGGGUCUCGACGAGCUGGAGGGACACGUCAGGCGAUAUAUGGGGAGACCGCUUAUAGUUGCUGGCGAUUUUAAUGCCAAGACGGCGUUAUGGGGCUCCCCGAUAACGAACACCCGCGGUAGGAUGCUCGAGAAGAGGGCAGUGACGAUGGGGCUGUGCUGCCUGAAUAGAGGCAAUACUAGCACCUGUGUGAGGUCUACAGAGGAGUCAAUCGUGGACAUCAUGUUCGCGAAUUCCCUGACUGUGAAGAGGGUCUCUGACUGGAGGGUCCUCCCAUUGGAAACAAUGGCGGACCAUCUUUAUAUAGAGGCCACGCUCGGAGAAACGAAUAUCCAGAAUCGCAAAAGAGGCUUUCCGUACCCCCAAAGGUGGGUCACGGCAAGAAUCGAUGAGGAUCAGAUGGUUGCCGCUAUCCUGGUGGGCACGUGGGUGCCACUCCCCCCGAAGGAGGAAUGGAAUGUCGAGUCAGAGACAAGGACAGCCCAGAAUCUGAUGGUGCAGGCGUGCGAUGUGGCUAUGCCUAGAGCUGCGCCACGACCCAGACGGAUAGUACACUGGUGGUCUCAGAGUAUCGCUGAGCUACGGGAUUGCGCUAUGCGGGCCAGGAGAAUGCUCAAGAGGGCACGUCAAGCGCAGCCUCCGGAAAAAAUAGAAGAAAAAGUGAUGACUCUGAGAGCCUCUAGAAAGGCCCUUAGUCGAGCAAUUAGUGCUGCCAAAGAGAAGGCUUGGGCAGAUCUGGCCCUCACUCUGAACGAGGACCCAUGGGAGCGCCCAUAUAAAAUUGUCUUGGAUAAACUAAGACAAUGGGCCCCCCCACUGACAGAGGCGAUGGAGCAACUCUUCCUCCAGGGGAUCCUGGGAGCGCUUUCUCCUCCCCCACCCCCUUGCGAUGAUAUGUGGACGGAGCCCUCCCUCCCCCUGGGGGAAUGGAGCUCGUGGUCGCCGGAUUAUGAAGUGUCCGCGGAGGAACUUUUGCGUGCUACCAAACGCAUGUUGGUGAGGGCGGCAGCCCCAGGCCCCAGCGGGGUUCACGCCAAAUCGUGGACGGUCGCAUUGAGAACCACCCUUGGUCAGAAUGCGGAGCCUCUUCACGGAAUGUUUGAGAAGAGGAAUAUUCCCGUCUGUGUGGAAGCGCGCCAGGUUGGUGCUUCUACGUAA